GAUGGACUCUGUGUUCAACAAAUUAAAAACAAAAGUAUCAGGUGCCUUACCUGGCAAUCCGUUAACUCGAGAGUAUGACAUUGAAAAACAAAUUGGUCAAACUGGUCCAGGUUCAUUAUGGAAAUUGUAUUCAGCUAAAAAACGUUCUACUCAUCAAGAAGCCACUAUAUGGAUAAUGGAAAAAAAAUUGUUAGAGUCUUAUCCAAAGUUGCAACGAGAAUCUAUGAUUGAAAUACUUAAAUACGGUGUGUCUACGUUGAUGAGGAUUAAGCAUCCAAAAAUAGUAUCAGUUCUUCAGCCUUUAGAGGAAUCACGUGAAAGUCUUGCUUAUGCAACGGAACCAUUGUUUACUUCACUAAAUAGUGUAUUGACAAGAGACUCUUCAAACAUUAGACAGCCAAACGAGUCUAUGGAUUUUUCUUUAUCAGAUACUGAGAUUAAAUAUGGUUUGGUGCAGCUUGCAGAGGCACUGGAUUUUUUACACUCUGAUUGUCAUCGUUUACACUUAAACUUGACUCCUGAAUCAGUAGUAAUCAAUCGUUUUGGUAUUUGGAAACUUGGUGGGUUCGAAUUUUCAAAAGUAGCAGACCAGAACGAAAAAUCAGGACAAUCUCUUGCCAAAAUACCUGUUUGGCAAUCUAAUUUAAUGCCUACUUGUCAAUUGAAUCUUAAUGCUAGUAGCCCUGAGGCGAUCCUUCAGGGUGAAGUGACUGGUGCAAGUGAUAUGUUUUCGCUCGGUCUUUUAAUCUGUGCACUAUUCAAUCGUGGCAAAUCCAUUUUGGAUGUUGGAGAUGAUUAUCACGCUUACAAACGAACUAUUAAACAACUCCCAUCAUUAUUAUCCAGCAAAGGAUUGGAUUUACCGAAUAAUCUGAAAGAAUAUGUCAAAAUGAUGCUGUCAUCAGAUCCACAAAUUCGACCAGAUGCUGUACAAUUUUUAAGAACAACAUAUUUUGAAGACGCAUCAAUGUCAGUUUUACGAAGUGUGGAUAAUAUGUAUCAAUUGGAUAAUUUAUCUAGAUCACAGUUUUAUAAAUCUUUGCCAAAUUCUAUUCAUGCUUUGCCAAAACGUUUAUGUCUGUUUCGUGUUUUUCCACAAAUCGCUGAAGAUUUUUCCAAUCCACAUAUGGUACCAUUUAUUCUGCCAGCUGUUUUACAAAUUUUGGAUUUAGUUACACAAGACGAGUUUAUUCAAUAUAUGCUACCACGUCUUAUUCCUGUAAUGUCAAUGAAAGAACCUAUUCAAAUUAUCUUAAUAUUUUUACAAAAUAUACAUAUAUUAAGUGAGAAAUUCCCAAUCAAAGAGUUUCGUAAUUAUGUUCUACCAAUGUUACAGUUAGCUUUGGAUAUUGACAAUAAGAUGAUACAGGAAUUAUGUCUUAAAUCUUUACCAACUAUUGGAAAAGCAAUGGACUUGACUGUAUUAAGAAAUUCUCUCAUUCCACGAAUACAACGUUUAUGUUUAUCCACAGAAUAUUUAUCUACACGUAUGAAUUGUCUUCUCUGCAUUGGAAAAUUACUAGAUCAUUUAGACAAAUGGAUUGUAAUGGAUGAUAUUCUCCCAUUUUUACAACAAAUUAAAUCACGUGAACCAACUGUUUUGAUAGCUAUACUGGGUAUAUAUCGCUUAGCAUUUAGUCAUGAAAAACUUGGCAUCAGUCGAGAAAAACUAGCUAAUAAAGUAUUGCCUUAUCUUAUCCCAUUAUCCAUUGAAAGCAGUUUAAAUUUAAAGCAAUACAGCGCUUAUGCAUCAUUAAUACGAGAUAUGUGUUCAUAUUUGGAACGUGAACAAUAUGCUAAAUUAGAGCAAUUGCAUGGUGCUGCAACUGAUGAGGACAGCAUGAUAAGAAUUGGUAAUAUCGAUGAAAGUGUCUGGGCCACAUCCAAUUCCUGUUCAGAUUUGAUGACUCGGAUAAUUUGCGCUUAUUUAGAUGAUACUGAUCAAUACGUAAAACGUAGUCCUUUACCAACAGCUUUAACUGUAAAUUCAAAUAACAGUAACAAUACAUCGCCUAAAUCAUCUACAGGAACGGCAUCGUCAAUUCAAGGAGUCAAUGGUUCGAUAACCAAUGAAAGUACUAAUCUAAGCUUAGAACAAAAACGUCAGUUAGCCGCUAAACAAGAUCAAAUUGAACGUUUAUCGUCUAAUUUAACAUCAGCACCAUCAUUACUACAACCUGCUACUGGCGCUGGACCAAUGAAGUUGAUGACAACGACGACAAUGAAUAAACCAAAACCUAUUGAUAUAACAAAUACUUUAAUAUCAUAUAAUGUGAAUGCAAUCAAUAGCACAUCUGAUAUGAUGAAUAAAUCUACUACACAAUCAAAUCGUAUAGGUACAGGCAUACCUUUAGCUUUAAUCACACCACCAACUAUUCAACACCAAUCAUAUGAACAGAACGGUGUUUUCAAUAACAAUAGCAACUCUCUAUAUCAUCAUUCGAAUAAUAAUGUUGAACAGUUACAAUCAACUAUUUUACCUAAUUCAAUUAUUCCAUUCACUAGUAGUAAUAAUUGUAACUCAUUAAAUGCUAUACCACUUUAUCCAGCAAUGUCUAACGUGAUGAGACAUGUUCAACAACAAGCUGUUCCAAAUGCAAUUACAUAUCAAUUAUUCCCGACAACAUCAUCAAUUACAAUGCCAACAACAAUGCUUAGUCAAAAUAUAUCAAAUUCUAAUAGUCUAAUAAAACCAUUAUCCAAAAGUGACAUAGAUGAUUUAUUAAGCUGACAAUGAAUUCAUUAUUUUUACAAACGAAUAAAACAAGAACACAAGGAAUUAUUAAUUAUUCUCUUUCAUAUAUGUACAUAUUAUCAUGUAACUUUAAACAAAUUCUUAGGUGUAGGUAGAUAAGUACGCGGACCUAAAUGUAAUGGUCUGUGUUGCAUCAAUACAACUGUUUCUACUCAGCAUGUUAUGUAUAGGUAGAUGAUAUAGGAAGCUAUGAUAGCUUCUUCAUUACCAUCACCUUCUCAUUUCUAUUGUGAUAUUCUUGUGACUGCCCAUGUUCUGUUUGUAUUUUUUAUUAAUAUACUUACUCCCAUCAUUUUUUUCCUACCCCGUGUCUGUAUUUGGUUUGUGUAAGUAUGUGAAGUAUUAAUGUCUUUCAAAUGUGGUUUUGUUUUGUUUUAAUCUUCUUAUGUGAAAAAUGCAAUACUUGAUUUUUUAAAUAAUUAUUUGCACGGUGACCUAGUUUGUUUACUUUUUUUCAAGUAAUAUCUUACCUUGUCCUUUGAUUCGAAUUUGUUUUGAUCAAAUAUCUGUUAUCUUGUAGAGGUUAAUUUCUCUAUAUAUCUGACUCCAAUAAACAGUAUCCCG